GUGUUCCCGCUGUUCGACACSGCCUAUUUCAUCAUCUCCGUCCUCUACCUCAAGUAUGAGCCCGGUUAUCUUAUGAAUGAAAGAGCUGAACAGAUUGUUCAUGAAUUCUAGAGGGCACCUAGGUUGAAGCAGUGGAGAGAAUGGUACCAGAGCCGUGGAGAUGUCCCGCAAGAGCCCUUUUGCCUCGUGGCUCUGUGCCAUGCUGCACUGCUUUGGGAGCUACAUCCUGGCUGAUCUGCUGCUGGGAGAGGCACCCAUCGGCCACUUCAGCCACAACUCCAGUGUCAUCCUGGCCACGGCGGUGUGGUACUUGAUAUUCUUCUGCCCCAUGAACCUCUUCUACAAGUGUGUCAGCUUCCUGCCUGUGAAGCUCAUCUUYGUGGCCAUGAAGGAGGUGGUGCGAGUGCGCAAGAUCGCCGCGGGCGUGCACCACGCCCACCACCUCUACCACCAYGGCUGGUUCAUCAUGAUGGCCACGGGAUGGGUCAAAGGUUCUGGUGUGGCCCUACUGUCCAACUUYGAGCAGCUGCUGCGUGGGGUCUGGAAGCCAGAAACCAAUGAAAUUCUACAUAUGUCCUUCCCCACAAAGGCCAGUCUGUAUGGCACAGUCCUCUUCACCCUACAGCAGACUCACUGGCUCCCCAUCUCUGAAGCCAACCUCAUCUUCUUUUUCACCAUGUUCAUGAUAGUUUGCAAGGUUUUCAUGACGGCCACUCACUCCCACGCCUCACCUUUUGCUCCACUGGAAAACCUCGUSUGCCCAGUGCUCUUUGGCUCCGUGGCCAGUGGGCACCAGAGCCACCACCACGACCACCACGGGGCCUCCCAYGAGGUUUCCCACCCUCCUCCUCCUCCUCCUCCUGCCAAGUCCAAAGAGGAGCUGAACGAAGGCACGAGGAAACGGAAGGCGAAAAAAGCCGAAUAAAAAAAGCAUCGGCGCAGAAAAUAGGCCAAGAAUCUUCCAGAGCUGAGUCUCAAAGCCACCUGUGACCUCCUUUAUGCUCCAGUCCUUCUCUCUCAGYCUCCAGAGGAGAGGUGGAAGCCAGGACACUGCCAGGCGGGUCCCUGAAUUUCGUUUUUGCUCUCUGUGUUGCUGCUUGCUUCUCGGUCUCUGCCUCUCUAUUCUGAUCAGAUUUUCAGGGAUUUGUAGGUUUGUGCCAGGGUGGUAAGUGGCUGCCCGUUCCCCAGCUGUCAGCAAACCUGAUGCAGCAUUUUCAAUUGAUGUCAAAUCUUCCACUGUGUUUAUUUAUGAGUGAGGGCAAUGGUUUGUGCUCCYGCAAAUCUUUUGAAGUUCCUUUUGAGUUUUCACUGACCUUUUUGGUGUCUGCCAAAACAGCAAACUGUUGAGACACAAUCAAUGUGGAAAUCAGGUUUCACAUUCAAGGAAAUUCAAUGAGCCUGAUCUGAUUUUUCCCAGCUCACACACCUGCCAUAUCUCCAAAUAAUGUGACAUUCUAUAUGCAAUAAGGACAUGGCCUUUGGCCCAGCCCAACCCUUUUCCCCUCCCCUCAGCUCCCUCUCAUUCUAACAGGACGUUGUUCUUUGCUUAACCAAGUCAGUGUUUGCAAGAGCUCUGAAGCUGUGAAGUGCUCCCAGUGCCAUAUUCUGGCACUGUCACCAUCCCAGACUCUGUGUGGCAUUGCUGCACGUUGUUAGUGUGUCCCACCCCAAAGCUGAUCCUACUGAACCAGGGGAGAAGCAUGGCUCUGGUUUGUUUGUAACCCCGUGGGAUACAAGCAGAGUGUGUKUGAGUGUAAGUAUUUAUUAUUAUUUAUUUAUAAUUGCCAAGGCACCUAAGCCAUGAACCCCAAUCUGGCUUUUUUAUUUAACAUUGCAAUUUGUAAUUCUGGCCCUGGCCCUGGUUUGGGCCUGCAGUGAUCCUGGUGUGCUGAACACUCCCUGGGUGUAGAAAACACCCUUUCCUAUAUUCUUAAAUUAAGAUAGAAAGGCUGAAGCAGUGUAUUUCACACCAGCUGAUGAAAAACCACUUUAAAGGACUAAUAAACCACUGAAAAUACUGAUUACCUUCUGUAGGGCCCCUCGGGCCACACUGCUGGGCUGUGAGUGCAGCUUGUGCCCGGUGAGUGAGGAACCUGAGCUGCCUUGAUGGCUCAGGAGGGCUCUGCCAGCUCACUGGUGCUCUGCUUAGUGAACACUGGCUUUUAGAGUAGGUCAAAGCUGUUCCUAGAACUGAUUUUAUGAUUAAAAACAGCAUCACCCAAGGGCUGGGAUCACCCCAGUGACCAUGGUACGUGGAGGGAUGCAGCACUGGGCUCCCUCAGCAGCAUUUUCCAUCCCUUUGCUGUUGUUUCCAUUCCAGCUGGGAAUAGAAACAGGAUUUAAGAAAAGCGAGGGGGUUUGUGUGUGUGUGUCCCUGUUCAAAAUUGUAAUUGAUGGUUAAUUAAAGAUAAAGAGCUGUCCUCGUGGACAAGCAGAGGAAAGCCAGGAGGAAAGGUCAGAUGAUCUGUGGGCUUGGGGUUUGACAGUGCCUUAAUUUUGUGAGUUUCCCUCCCCUUCAGUAGAAAAUUCUGCCUGGAAUUUUCCAGAAUUGCAGUAGGAAUUCUGCCUGGCAGCUCUGCUGUCUGCUCCUGCAGAUUCUGCUCUACUGGAACCUGAUGUACCCCGAGCAUGCACGAGACUCUAAAUAAAUGUUUCACGAGGUGUCUGAUCCAAGGGGAAUUUCGUUUUAUAAAAGCUGUCAACAAAUAAAAAUCGUGAAGUGACUCUG